AUGUCCCUCGGAGCCUACUUCUCCAGCCUCCAGCCCCAAGGUGCCUUCUCAUACGAGCGCGCCGUCGUGUCCGCCGCUGACAAAUACGGCCUGACCGCUGCGCUUCCGCUGGCCGUGUUCCUGCCGGCCGCGUGGCGGCGCGACGACGACGUGGGCGGGCUGCUGCGCAGCUUCCCCGGCCUGUCCGCCGGCCGCGCGCUGCAGGCGGCGGUGUCGACGCUUGAUAUGGUGGCGUUCGGGCAGACGGUGCAUCAGUAUGCGGCGCGCACGCGCCGCCACGAGGCGGAGGCGCGGGCGGGGCCGGGAGCGCAUGCCGCAGACCACCACCACCAGCAGCAGCAGCAGCAGCACGUCGAACCGUCAUGGUGGCGCCUGCGCGCCCCUGCAAAUCCGCAGCUGCCGCCGCGCGAGCCGACCGCCGCCGGCCGUGCCGCGCAGGCGGCGCUGCGCGAGGAAGGUCCCCUACACCUGCUGCUGCAGGGCGGCAAAGCGCCGCCGGCCGCGGCCACGGGCGCGGCCCCCCUUCAACUUCCAAACCCGCUGCUGCUGACCCCAGAGUCCGUGCUGGGCCUGCUGGGCAUAACCCCGGAAGCCGCGGCCGACACGUCCCCCGUGCCUGGCCCCGAGCCGCGCCCUGCGUCGCAACUUCUUCCGGAUCUUUGUAUUGGAAACGGCGGGUUGCAUCUCACCUUCCCCGCCGCCGGCACCGCCGUGUGCGGGCUGAUGGCUCAGGUGUUCAACCGCCUGACCGGCAACGCAAUGCGCGGGCUGCCCCGCGCGCCCGGCCUGCUGCCCGAGGGAAGCGCCGAUGACGUCACCGUGGCGUCACCCUUCCUCGUGCGGGUGACGCCGGACGGCCCGGCGGUCUCGACGGUCGAAGAUCUCGUGCGGGAGCUGGAGGGUCAGGGCUACGAGAUCGAGAUCACGCUGCGGUCAAACAUAACCAGCUUCAGCUACGGUCUGAGCGUCAGGGCCGAGGACGGCGGAUGGCUGCAGGUGCCGAUCGCCUACCCCCUGCGCACGGGCCUCUGGGCGCGCGACGAGCGCGGCCGCACGCUGGACGUGCUCACCCUCAUGCCGCACGCGAGCGUCGUCGUCAGCGUUACCGGCGGCGGGCCCGGCGGCCGCGGCGGCGGCGACAGCGGCGGGCCCGACAGUGGCGGGGGCGGCGGCGACGGGGCCGGCGGGGACGGCGGGCUGCUGCCGGAUUUUGCGCUGGAGUGGUGCCUCAACAUAAACGGGUUCACAGGGUGGGGCUCCUACUCCUGCCUCGACCGCGCGUGGGCCGCAGGCGCGCCGUUCCAGACCCUGCACAACUUGGGGGACCUGUCGGCGGCGGCGGCGCGGCAGCGCGCGGUGCGCAUGCUCACGGCGGCGACAGUGGUGGUCAACGCGGCGGGUCAGAGGGACAGGCUGCUGUUUGGAGGCUACGGCUACCUGGGUGUCUGCCUGGACAGCGCCGCCGCCAUCCAGCAGGCGCUGACGGGCGGCUGCAGCCUCUACCCCCUGAUUCUCGGAGGCGACGCGAAGAUGGGGCUGAUUGCCGCCUACCAAGACGCGCAGGCGGCAUCGGCGGCGACGGCAUCCGCGGCGGGACUGGGAGAGGCGCGGGGCGAUGCCGCUGGCGGCGGUGGUGCUGGCUGCGACAAGCACCACCUGCGGUCGCAAGGGCAGCAGCCGCAGCGGCAGCAGCAGCAGCAGCAGCAGCAGCAGCGUCCCCAGACGCGACCUGAACAGGCGGACGGCGCGGCCGCCAUCAGGGCGGACGGCGCCGGCGGCGGGGGCGGGGCCGCAGCCGACCGCUGGGAGUAUGCAUCAGAGGCGGCGGCGCUGCAGGCGGCGGUGGCGGCGCUGCCGUGCGACGCGAUACAGGAGCCGCGCCGCGCCGCCGACGCGGCGCGGCGCGCGCUCGCGUGCCUGCCGGAGCGCAGCGCGUUUUCGUGCGUCGGGGCGUGCAGGGCGGCGCUGCGGGCGGCGCGGGACGCGGCGGAGCGCCUGUGCCCGGGCGGCUGA